AUGGAUCACAUCUCGUACUUUUCUAAUGUUGAUGCCGAACUUCUUCAUCGCUAUCGACCAGGAGGCUAUCAACCUAUAGCCUUGGGAGAUACAUUGAAGGGCGGAAGGUACAAGGUCCUUCACAAGUUGGGAUGGGAAGAUUAUUCAACUGCGUGGGCUACAAGGGAUCAAAGAGAGGAGAAUUAUGUCGCUGUUAAAGUUUCCAUUUCGGAAAGCGAAAGCUAUAGAGAAAAUCGCGAAGCCUCCAUUAUGAAGAAGUUGGAAACUAUACACCCUUGUCCCCAGCACGCUCCCUGGGAAGCUUGCAAGAUUAUUGCGAAACAGGCCCUUACUGGACUUGAUCACCUCCAUCAAUUGAAAAUUUGCCAUGGAGAUCUUCACACCCGCAACUUAGUUUUUCCCGUACCAUGUAUGAAAGAUUUGUUAGAGGACGAGGUCAUUCAGAUACUAAACAAACCUGAAACCAGCUUUGUUGAAAGUAAGGACGGGGAGCCGAUAGAUGGUGCUGGUGUACCAAAAUACAUUGUCAGACCUGCGGCAUAUCACUUCUCACUUACCCGGUCUGUGCUGCUCGACCUGAGUAUAAAAAUAAUCGACUUCGGGGAAUCAUUUUGUGAGACCACGAUCCCUCGGACUGUUCAUACCUCAUUGGUAUUCAAGCACCUGAGGUCAUUUUCGGAGAUUGCCCAGAUUAUCGUGUUGCUGUUCGAACUUUUCGUAGCCCAUCCUCCAUUCGAUAAUCUCAUGCGACCGGCGAUUCUUGUCGACCAGAUGCGCGAAAUGGCUAGUGACACGAUCCCUGAGAGGUGGAGAGAAGUCUACACAACAACAAUAUCAUCAGCCAAUACAUCACGGAGCUGGGACGAAUUAUUAGCAAACUACCAUGCUUUGAGCUGGGCAGUAGAGCGUCAGUAA